UUCACGCCGAGAGCACGCGCGCGUUGCGGCCUGUGUGUCGGUGUCGGUGCCUGCCGGUGGCGCGAUGACACGUCGGACCAGGCUCGAGUGGCACGUCGGCGUGCUGUCCCUGCUGGUGAGGGCCAGUCUGCAACUGUCCACCGCCAGCCUGACCGCCGAGCAGCACUUCCUCUUCGUCAACGCGUCGGACGGCGUGCACGUGCGUCCCGACGCUUUCACACACGUGCUCGUGGCCAGCUUCCCGCUGCCCGCCGAGCUCGUGUCCGACGACGUCCGAGUGUCCGACGUCAGCGUGGAGGGCGUGCCGCGGCGGCCGGGCUUCGCCUCUUGGAUCGAGGCCGAUCAGUUGACGCGGAUUGUCGCGGCCGAAGGCCGCAAACAGUGGUUCCUCGACGACGUCGUCUUCAGCAUCAAGCCGCGAAACGUGCUGGACGACGUCACCCUGAUGCUGCGUCGCUGGAUGCUGCAGCACGUGCCCUGGGACCGGGCCCACCGGCCGCUGGUGGCCGUUCUCGCCUGGCACGACCAGCUGCUUCAACAGGUGGUGCGCCCGGUGCGGCUGCUCGUCCGCUUCCACUUGGACGAGCGAUGCAUUCUCAGCGGGAGGGAGGAAAAUGUGUACUACGGCUUUUCCUCGCCAUGCAGCAGCGAUUGCGAAGACUACGUCACUUGCAGGUUCCAAGCGACGCCUGAAUGUGAACAAAGACUUCCUUGCAGUACGGCGUGCGACUUCGAGCGGCCCUGCUCGUGGCAGUGGAAGAACAACACCACUCCGCCGGGCUUCAACGUCGUCUCCGGCAAGCUGGUCAACAACUCGUUCCACAGCGCGCCCCUGGGCAACUACACGGGACCCCUCGCCGACUCGAACGGCAGCGACGGAGGACACUUCCUGUUCGUGCUGAUAACAGAGGCGCAUCCAGCGAGCCAGCGCGAGGUGCACCUCACGAGUCCCAAGUUCAUGGGCUCUGGGGACCAGUGCAAACUCGAGUUUCAUGCUUCCAUGGGCCGCAUGCUCAACGGCAGCCUCAAAAUCGUGAUCGAAACGGUCAACCGCACCUCUUGGAUCGUCUCGGAUAAGCCAUGCGAUGACUUGAACAUGUGGAAGCACUUCAGCAUCAACCUGGGGCGCAUCAGUCAGGAAUUUCAAGUGCUGAUCGAGGUGACUCCCGGCAAAAAGACGCCCGCGUACUUCGCGAUUGACAACCUCAAGUUCGUCGACUGCUUCAGAACGUUCGGCGAGCGCAAGGAGUGCACGGGGUUGGAGUUCAGAUGCUCCAACGAGGUGUGCAUCGAUCGCAGCCGCCUCUGCGAUCUCGUCAAGGACUGCCCUGAGGGCGAAGACGAAGAGUUUGAUUGCGAUAAAGUUCCGACGAACAGCCGGUGCAACUUUGAGAACGGUUGGUGCGGCUGGCGGAACGUGGGCAACAAGGAACUCAACUGGACCAGGCACAGCGGCAAAACGCCGACGAACCUGACCGGGCCGAGCGUUGACCACACGUACGGCAACGCAACAGGCAACUACCUGUUCGUGGACAUGUCCAAGGUGAAGCACCUGGGCGCGACUGCCAUCGUGGAGAGCGACGUGUUCCGCGCGCCGCCCAAGUACCACUCCAACAUUCACUCGCCUUACUUCAACUCGUGUCAGAUCCGAUUCCACUUCCACAUGUAUGGUCCGCACAGUGGCGCAUUAGCCUUGUUUUUGGUCGAUGUGCAAAGCCACCAGCGAAUCCACGAGGCCAGGUGGUACUCUUACGGGGACCGCGGUGACAAGUGGAUCCGCGGCAUCUACAACCUCAGCCUCAACGUCGAAAAAAGAUACGCGAUUCAAUUUGAAGCAAGAAGAGGGUAUUCGUCGAAAGGCGACAUUGCCAUCGACGACAUCUCCAUGAGUCCCGAAUGCUUCGGUUUAGGUGUGCCGCCGAACGAGACGGAAAACUACAAUUACUGGGACGAGAACUACAUGGAACCGACGCAGCCGACGACGGAACACGAGGACUUUUCCAACCAAACAUACUACCAAUUCGGCACGUGCGGCAACUCUGGCAGGAUGGGCCCUUCGCCGGAACAGUGCGAGUUUUCGUACAACGCCACCAGCACCAACGUCACUGUCCUCACCGAGCCGCCGCUUUCUGGCGUGCAAAAGUGGGUUGCGCCCCACGAAGGAUAUUACACAAUAAUCGCCAAGGGCGCGAGCGGAGGUCGCGGCAGCUCAGGCCAAGGCAUCAGCCGCGGAGCCGUCGUGCGGGCCGUCGCCGAGCUGCGCAAGGGCGAGGCCCUCUACAUUCUAGUCGGCCAGCAAGGCAGCCGAGCCCUUUGCAAGGACGGUCGUCUGCCGCACGGUGGCAGUUGCAACGCUCCUCGUCUUCCUUACAAGUCCUCCUCUGUACCCGCCAGAGAUGCGGUCAGGGAGGUUAGAAAUAUGACCGUGAUCGGAGGAGGCGGAGGAGGUGGCGGAGCGACCUUCAUAUUCACGAUUGGUCGAAAAAACAGACAAAAAAUGCCGUUGAUUGUGGCGGGCGGAGGCGGAGGCAUCAGCCACGGCCAGGACCUGAUGGUGGCCCAGCUGCAGCACGGCCAGGGAUUCAAUCUGUCGAUGGGCAACUCGAGCGGAAUGGAGUACGGCCUACACCCCGCUGGGGCUGGAGGUGGUUGGCAGAGCAACUCCGACAGUCAUUCGGCAGUUCGCGGAACGGCCUUUCUAGAUGGAGCUUUCGGCGGCGAGACUUGCUCAAGUACCAUGCCAGUGGGCGCCGGCGGAUUCGGAGGCGGUGGCGGAGGAUGCACAGCUGGAGGCGGUGGAGGCGGCUUCGCUGGCGGAGACACGUGGUCGGAUAGACGACGUAGCGGGCGCGGUGGAAGCUCGAUGGCGCGUCAGAACUUGUUGUUGGCCAAAGCCUCGUUCACAAACUCGGACGGCGACGGCUCUGUCGUGAUAAUUCCCUCUUUGGACAACGCGUGCCACUGCGACUACAGGUGCGUCGCCCUGGACGAGUACAGGCACGAGACCAAGUGCAUUUGUCCGCCAGGCUGGUUCCUCAGCAACGACAGCGUCUCCUGCAUCCCUCUGAAAGAGAAGCCAAGCAUCUUUGCCCACGGUUGGAUGUUCAACUUGUUCGUCGGUCUCGGUGCAUUUGGUUUAUGCUUAGGAGCCACGGCCUUGGUCAUGUACACGAGGUACCAGAAGAGAAAGUCGGCCGUGAUGAGGAGGAAAUUGCUCAGCGGACCCGACUUCCAAUUAAGCCGACUUAGGGCUGCCUCCGGCGGCAUGAUGACCGAGUAUAAUCCGAAUUACGAGUUCGGAGGUGGAACAUACACCAUUCAGGAUCUCAAGGAAAUUCCGCGCGAAAACUUGAGACUCGUGACGCCGCUCGGCCAGGGUGCUUUCGGCGAGGUUUACAAAGGCUUUUACAAAAACAGAGUCACCGACGCCGUGGAAAUGCCAGUAGCCGUGAAGACGCUGCCGGAGCUGUCGACGAAUCAAGCGGAAAUGGAUUUUUUGAUGGAGGCUUUGAUCAUGAGCAAGUUCAAUCACCCAAACAUUGUGCACUUCAUCGGCGUCUGCUUCGACAACCACCCCCGUUUCAUUGUCCUGGAGCUGCUCGCGGGCGGCGAUUUGAAAAACUUUUUAAGGGAAUCUCGGCCCAAGCCAGAACGACCCAGCACUUUGACUAUGAAAGAUCUCCUCGUGUGCGCCGUGGACGUGGCCAAAGGGUGUAAAUACAUGGAGGACAACCACUUCAUCCACCGAGACAUUGCGUCAAGAAAUUGCUUGCUGACUUCCAAAGGUCCUGGUCGUGUUGUAAAAAUCGCAGAUUUUGGCAUGGCGCGUGAUAUUUACAGGGCUGACUAUUAUAGAAAAGGUGGCAAGGCGAUGCUGCCUGUAAAGUGGAUGCCUCCGGAAGCAUUCCUUGACGGAAUUUUCACCUCAAAAACGGACGUCUGGUCGUUCGGCGUCCUGCUGUGGGAGGUGAUGUCCCUGGGCUACAUGCCGUACACAGGUCGAGGGAACCAGGAGGUGAUGCAGCUAGUGACUGACGGGGGCCGCCUCGAGCCCCCCAACGGGUGCCCGGCCCCCGUCUACGGUCUGAUGACCCAGUGCUGGCACCCCAUUCCUGACGACAGGCCUAAUUUCUCAACAAUCCUCGAAAGGAUCGGGUACUGCAUGCAGGACCCGGACGUGGUGAACGCGCCGCUGCCCGUGUUCCACAGACCUCCGUCGACGGAGAGGGACACGACGGUGAUGCGGCCGCCUGCCCACGAAGCCACGCUGCUCCACCUUCAGAAAGGACCUGGCGGCGAAUUCUUGGUGCCAUUGGACACGGUCGAGAUGCACGCAUCUCCCUCCGGAGGCAGUGCUGAGCACUUGCUUGGAUCAGGUGCGUACGGCCUUACGAACAGCAACAGCUUCGAGACGAGCUUCUCGCGCGACGCGACCAACUACAACAGCGAGGACGAGGGCGAGUUGGACUACGAGGAGGCGAUCAAGUCGAGCAACCGCAGUUUGCUGUCGCCGCGGCACCUGCAGCACAACCAUCGGCACCACAACGAGCUGCCGCCGCUGUCGGCGGCGCCCGCGCCGCCCUCGUCGGACGCCGAGGUGCCCGUCGGUAUACCGUCCAUGUCCAGCAGCCUGGACAGCCUGGACAACGCGGCCAACAACAACCUGUCGUCGUGCGGCUCGAUGCACGAGGCCGCCAUGGACCUGUACGUCAAGUGCAAGCUGCCGCUGCAAACGUCGCUGUCGCUCGACCCGUCGACCCUGUCGCGCACGCACAGCCACAUAGUAUUACCCCCGCCCAUCCAGUACGCGAACGUGUCCCCGAACAGCGGCGGCAGCAGCUCCGAGCAGCUGCAGGUCACGCCCGAGCACCGCAAACCGUACUCGGUGCAGACGACGCCCAAACCGAGAAGGCUGCUUAAGGAUAAUGAAAUCAGCUGCUAAUCGAGGUCAAGGUGAGAGCGAGUUGAAA